GCCCACACUAGUGUUGAAGAUCAUUUUUUAUUUUAUGAACCGAAGCGCUGAAAGACAGUAUCAACAACCAGUAUUAAGUUAGGAGAGGUCAUCCAUCGACUUGAGGUCACAUGCAUGCAUAAUUCUCGGAAACCGUCAAGACAGCCCGAGGAGAAGUAUUCGUUUCUGUCCUGCCAGGUUGUUUGAGAAGAUUAGAUAGCAACUUACCUUGUGGAGAUCAACUGUAGCUACAAGCAGGAUACCAAAUAUCUCUUGACUGAUGGUCUCUGGUGCUUCUGCACAUGCGCUGAUGUUUAUUGAUCAUCUUGCUGCUCAAGAACACUGAGUCUUCAGUUUUCUCUUUGAACAACAUAUUUCUUCUGCGUCUUUCGCGUCCACUUUCAAUUGAUCGAAUUCUACUUUAUCGAAGUGCCCCAUAUUUUUCUUUGUCUUCACUGCAAUGUGCUCCUUUUGUCGGCUUGAGCUUCACUCUUGGCUGCAGACAAUGGAAGAGAGAACUGAAUAAAAUAUUAAUGACAUCUUGUAAGAAAAGUGCCCACGAUUUUAUCUGCGUCACGGGACUUCACUGAUGUCAACUAAUGAUCAAAGAAAUCAAAUACAAUUAAAAGUUUCGAAAGCAGUCAUUGAGGACACUGUUAAAGUAGUAAAGAAGAACUGGAUUGUUGUGGAUAUGACAGUAUUCUUUAUUAUGGAUAUGCAUGGAGGCAAAGAAUGCUGUUCCGUUGUGUACACUGCAGAGAAAUAAGGUGUUCAGUUAGAAAGACAUUUAAUUCCUACUAAAAUAAAUGUUUCCGAACCUUACACAACAGCACCUUUUUGGGUAAAAAGACGAAUAACUGAUGCAUGUAACAGUUAUAUGACUAUGUACAGGCUACCAAUAACCGUGUACUACAUAAGUAUAUUUUUCAAAUGGUAUAGCCUUUUAAUAUUCCCAGUGAAAUAGUACAUGACAUCACGCAUACAAAUAAAAUGCUUGCACACGCACACAUAUCACCAUCACCCAUUUAUGUGACAAUCUGUACAAACAGAAUAAGGAAAUGAUUUCUUACGAGAUAAAUAUUCAUUUUUGCGCUCCAAGGAAAAAUAGAACCUCACGUAUGGAUCUUUUAGUCGUCUCUCUUUUUCUUUCACAGCGAUGAUUAAUAAAGUAAAAAUCGAGCCUAUGAUUGAUAAUUUAUGAUUUAUGUAUCAGCUGCUUUGGAAGAAAAGGUUUAUUUCUAAAGAGGCAUGUAAACAGUUUUGGAAACAAGUUUUUGUACACCGUGGUCAUUUGCCUCAUACAAAGCAAAAGAUAUUUCUUUUUUAUGAAUACUUACGACUUUGUGCAAGUGUGAGUGCAUAUAUAUAUAUAUAUGGGCCACAUAUAUGAAGCCAUUAACAUGGUCUUCCAACAUUGAAAUACACCUUUUGGUUCAAUCACAUACAAAAUAUUAAGAAACGCACAAUCAAAUAUCAACUUUCGCUCAAGCACGAAAGAAAUUCAACAAUUUUAACAAAAUGGAAGAUAGUAAUUUUCUUUUUAAAGUUUAUCUAUCUUAUCAUCAACAAAUAAAGAUGAAAGAUAAAGAUAAAUGGGUGUGUGUUAAAGAGAGAGAAAGAAAGCGAUACUUCGUGUGCACUCUAUUCUGUAUUCGCCGACCCCUUUCUCUGUCCCUUCGAUACCUACCAGACAUUAAGUGUAUUAAUAAAAGUGUCUUGAAUUUUUGCCCUCAUUUCUUUUAUUUCCUUUACCUUUAAUCCUUCUAAAGAUUGCGCUUAGAUAAUUGCAUGAUGUCCAUAAAGUGAAAGUGAACUUGCUACAGCCAUUGAAGCAAAGCCUCUAACACAUUGCCUUUGGAUGGCAAACAUUGGGCAUGGGAGAAUUAAUGAUCCAAACAUCAUGGACGUUCUGCCUGACCACGCUCAUUCACCCUCGCUUUGUGGGUCGUCUAUACAGCUUUGCCUUUUACUGUGCGGAUUUUAUCGGUUUGAUAAUUAUAUCCCAUUUUCGCUUUCUGGUUUUAUGACCGCUGGCUAUAAACGAAAUCUGCAGUUUAAUACAAAUAACGGUCUGGUAUACCUGCCGUUACCUGCAUUGAAAGGUUCUUUCAAUCGCGUAUGUGGUAAAGAGGCUUGCAAAGCAAAUAAUAUUAAAUGGAAACAAGAAAGAAGGGAUUUUUUAAAAUGACAAAAUGACCACCGCACAUUUGGUGAGGACAAGAAUCUCCCGUCCAUCCUCAGAAAGACACGACGCAUGCGCCGAAGUCCCGCAAAGUGUUAGUCGAGAAACACUUCUUCGGAGUGCUGCUGCUGAAUUUGAGCCGUUCUUCAGAAGGUAAGUUAAAAUGUUCUGGGAUUAAUAUGGUAGUAUCACCCAUAGGGUACUUUUAAAAUUUUAAGUCUUUGUUCCAAUAUAAGCUUAGAUGCUUGCCAGUUCUCCUUGUCAUCAUCUAUCAGAAUAUUAUCCUUCUCUUGUAUUUGUAAGCAAAAUAUGGAUUCUAAUUCUUUACCGUGACUGAUACCUCAUGUUGUGUGUUGUGUGCAACACUUCGCAAGACAGGUAAUAUCGUUAUUUGCUGAGUUUAGAUCAAAAUUAUUUUUAGUUAUAUCUGCAAAGUACUGUCUGGAGACGAUAUAGCAUUGUAUGCCACUAAUUAUUGUCAUCUUACACACUCGAGUUGACAAGUAUGACUACAAACAUCAGACAUUAUUGUGGAUGUUGAUAAUAAUUGCUUUUAAACCAAGAAAAAUUUGUAAAGCUAAGUAAAGGGAGAAAUGUAUAUAAGCAAACUCGGAAAGAAAAAAAGACAGUAGAACCUGGCAAACAAAAUAUUAUGGAUCUGCGAUCUAGGGACGGGAGGAAGACAAAAUUGAGACGCCACAAACAGCCAUUUCUUAGUUGUGAACAAGAAACCAAAGGUAGAAAGUAGUGCCCUAAACUGCUUCAGAUUUGUGACUAAUAACUUAUUUAUAUUGUAAACUUUUGUUCCAUGUUUUUAACAAAAAUCGCGACUUUUGUAAAUAUCGCUUCAAAGAAUUAUUUUAUAGCACUAAUCAACCUAAUUUGUCAAUGUCGUGCUCUCUUCGCUUUUGACUGUUUGAUAUCUUAUUCUCAUCAAAUUUUUUUUUCAGAUCAUGUGUCGUGUGACCAUUAUGUGUGCUGCGAUGAUUCUUUCAUUUCUUUGGGUGGCAUCACACGCAGGCCUGGCCUUGGCAAAGUACAAGACUUUCGAGAAAGCUAGCGAGCAGUCAUUGCCUGAACCGGAAAUGACGUUAUCGGCACGGUCAGUGAUCCACUGCGCCAUCAAGUGCAAGCAAUACCCACACUGCACCGUGUUUGCUUACAACCAUCAGCUUUCAUUGUGUUUACUCCGCUCUGCCAUGUCGGCAACAGCAGGUGCUACCAGCAACAACAAUAACAAACAAUUAUCGGUGUACACUGACACAGGUUUACACUGUCCAGACACCAUACUUCAGGUCAGUAACGGCUCAGUGACGAUUCAGCGGUCGCUGUUGUCGGUAGAAGGAAACAUCACAUGUGACAACGACUACUUUCUCCUGAAAACUGUGAUCACGUGUAUGGAUGAUGGAAAUUGGACGUCCAUCGCUGCUCAGUGUGAGAAGAGUGUCUGGAGAUACCCCGAGACAAGGAUGAAUGCUAGCCAAGUCAUCAUUGCCAUACCUGGGACAGUGGUGGAAGGCUGGUCAAUGUGUGUGGAAGGCGUUCCAACAAACAAGUCUAAAAUUGAUAUCCAGAUAUAUCAAGGAUAUAACAACAAUCGCACGGUCCUAACGACUUGGCGGUUUGAAGGUUACCUGCAGGUCACUGACAGUGUCAAUGGUAAAAUAUGGAGCAUACACUAAUGUGACCAACCCUCCUUUCCCUCUGGUGGUCGGAACACCAUUUUUCUACAGACUGACAGUGAACUCAUCAACAACCGUGCAUAUUUAUAUGAACAAAGUAUUCUUCUAUCAACAUAUUCUGAGGUAUCCUCUCUCCGCAUUCACUCACAUGAACGUUUUCGGGUCUAGCGUCAACGUGACGAAAAUAGAGGCAUGGUGCAGAGGUUGAUUACUCCCCUCGU